UUUAAUGGAACGCGGUUUUUCGUUUCAGGGUUGAGUCUAGACAACAGCAAUAUGUCCAUGUCCUCCGUGGGCCCGCAAAGCCCGUUGGAUAUGAAGCCCGACACAGCGAGCCUGAUUAAUCCAGGAAAUUUUAGCCCUUCCGGUCCCAACAGUCCUGGAUCCUUCACCGCUGGUUGUCACAGCAACCUUCUGAGCACGUCGCCGAGUGGCCAGAACAAAGCAAUCGCCCCGUACCCGCCGAACCACCCUCUCUCCGGAAGCAAACACCUCUGCUCGAUCUGCGGUGACCGUGCCAGCGGCAAACACUACGGCGUUUAUAGCUGCGAGGGGUGCAAGGGAUUCUUUAAGAGGACCGUACGCAAGGAUCUCUCGUACGCGUGUCGCGAGGAGAAGUCCUGCAUCAUUGAUAAGCGGCAGAGAAAUCGAUGUCAGUAUUGCAGAUACCAGAAAUGCCUGGCGAUGGGCAUGAAGAGAGAGGCGGUCCAGGAGGAGCGUCAGCGUACCAAGGAAAGGGAUCAGAGCGAGGUGGAGAGCACCAGCAGUUUGCACUCGGACAUGCCGAUCGAACGUAUCCUGGAGGCCGAGAAGCGAGUCGAGUGCAAAAUGGAACAGCAAGGAAAUUACGAGAAUGCAGUGUCGCACAUUUGCAACGCCACGAACAAACAGCUGUUCCAGCUGGUAGCCUGGGCGAAACACAUCCCGCAUUUUACGUCGUUGCCGCUGGAGGAUCAGGUACUACUGCUCAGGGCUGGCUGGAACGAGUUGCUGAUAGCCUCCUUCUCGCACCGUUCCAUCGACGUGAAGGACGGUAUCGUCCUGGCCACGGGGAUCACCGUGCACCGCAACACGGCCCAGCAGGCUGGCGUCGGCACGAUAUUCGACCGGGUCCUCUCGGAGCUCGUGACUAAAAUGCGCGAGAUGAAGAUGGACAGGACGGAGCUCGGCUGCCUCAGAUCUAUAAUACUCUUCAACCCCGAGGUGCGAGGCCUGAAGUCGAUCCAGGAGGUGACCCUGCUCCGGGAGAAGAUCUACGCGGCGCUCGAGGGCUACUGCCGCGUGGCUUGGCCCGACGAUCAAGGUAGAUUCGCAAAACUCUUAUUACGCUUGCCGGCGAUCCGCUCGAUCGGUUUAAAGUGCCUGGAGUACCUGUUCUUCUUUAAAAUGAUCGGCGACGUGCAGAUCGACGAUUUCCUCGUCGAGAUGCUGGAAUCUCGGUCGGACCCUUAGGAGCAGAAGGUGUGCCGCGUGUUAGGGCACACCGAUCUCUAAUAAAGAACAGACGAUUGCGUAUGAACACAUACACGCGUGUAUAA